AUGGACGCAGAGACGGCGCAGGCGGCUCCUGCGCUCGCUCAUCUGCAGAACUCGCCCACGGCCACGCCACAGGUGAGCAAGUAUUACUACAAGAAGAGGACCAGUAGCCACAGCAGAAAUGGCAAGGAUGAUUCCAACCACGACUCCAGGAUACAGAGCCUGACCUCCUACGCCACCCCCACCUACUACACUGGAGCCUUCUACGAGAUCGACCACGAGAAGCUGCCCCCCAAAUCCCCAAUCCAUCUGAAGUCUAUACGAGUGGUAAAGGUGAGCGAGUGCACGUACCUCGACGUCACGGUGAGCUUUCCGUCCCUCCUGGCGCUGCGCAGCUUCUUCUCCUCCUUCCCGGCGUCGGGCACCGGGCCAGAGCUCGACGAGCGCUUCGUCAUGAGCAGCAACUACGCCGCCCGCAUCUUGCGCCGCCGGGUGGCCGAGGAGGAGCUCGAGGGAGAGGUGCACCAGGACAACUUCUGGCUCGUCAAGCCCCGCCUCUACGACUUCGCCGCGUCCCAGCAGGCGCCGCCACGUGCUACGUCGCCGCCCGAUCCACCGAUGGCUAAGCCGGCACCGGCAGCCGUCUCCUGCCUAGUCACCACCUUGAAGUGCGAUGGCACCGGGUGGGGCGUGAGGCGCCGGGUCAGGUACAUUGGCCAGCAUCGUGAUGAUGCUCCCAAGGAGGCCAGCGUCGAUGGCUACAACACUGAGGCCAGCGCCGGGGAGGAGCAGCAGCGUCCAGCGACGCGGGAAGUUACAAAGAGCGCAAGAAACUGUAAGAGGAAGCGGGAGGCAGAAGAGAGCAGCAAGGACAAGCACAGUGACGAGGGCAAGAAGAAUAAGCAGGUUCAGGGCGGCAGCAAGAAGAGUUCCAAGAAGGAGAAGAAGCGCACCGUGGAGGCCAAGGACAGUGACCCUCGGCGCGGCAAGGACCGGUGGUCAGCCGAUCGCUACGCCGCAGCAGAGAGGAGCCUGCUCGACAUCCUGCGCUCCCGCGGCGCCCGCUUCGGCGCGCCGGUGAUGCGGCAGGUGCUGCGGGAGGAAGCCCGUAAGCACAUCGGCGACACCGGUCUCCUUGACCACCUGCUCAAGCACAUGGCCGGCCGGGUGCCAGAAGGCAGCACUCACCGGUUCCGUCGCCGGCACAACGCGGAUGGUGCCAUGGAAUACUGGCUGGAGCCAGCCGAGCUUGCUGAGGUACGGCGAGAGGCCGGUGUGUCUGAUCCAUACUGGGUGCCGCCGCCGGGAUGGAAGCCAGGUGAUGACGUGUCCCACGUUGCUGGUGACCUACUGGUGAAGAGACUGGUCGAGGAGCUCGCCGAGGAGGUCAAUGGCGUAAAAAGGCACAUGGAGCAGCUACUGGACAAGGAUGGGGAAUUCGAUGCAGAAAGAGCUUACAGUUCAUUGAAGGAGAAGUACCAGAGUGUUGUGAGGGCUAAUGAAAAGCUUGAGAAGCAGGUGUUCUCCUUGAAGGACAUGUACGAGAAUGUGGUUCAGAUGAAUGGUGAGCUGAAGAAGGAGGUGUUGUCAUUCAAGGACAAGUACGAGUAUAUUGUUGAUAAGAACGACAAGCUAGAGGAGCAGAUUACAAAUCUCUCCAGCUCCCUCCUUUCUUUCAAGGAUCAGUUGCUACUGCCGCUAAAGAUGGAAACAGCUCAUCAGUUGGAAAUGGCUCCUAGGGGCGGCAAUCAAGAACCUUUCCCCCGCACAGCGCUGUACAUUGCUUGCGGUGACCAGAUGACCCAGCCGGCAGAUGGCACCGUCGUCCAAGGCGGUCCGGACAGGACGGCGAGGAAGAGCAGCUUCGGCAUCUGCAAGCCACAGGGCACGUUCCUGCGGCCAAGCACGGCGUCCGGCAUGACCAUCAGCGGGGGAACCACCAGCAGCUGCCCGACCGCCGCCGGGCCAGGUCCCGGGCUCCCUCGAAGCACCAGCUGCCGCAGUAGUAUCAGCCCGGGGCCCGGGCUCCCGCCAUCGUCGCGAGCCCCAGCUGAGCACGUGAUGCUUGGCGCCCUCUCCACGCCACCCUCCGCGUCGUCCACCAACGCCGCCGCCAAGCUGCAGCUGCCCCUGCCCAGCCCGACGUCGCCCCUCCACCCACAGCAGCUGUUUGCUGCUACUGCUGGUGCUGGGUUUAGUGCCCACCCGGCAACGCAGCCUUUCGCCGGCCUGACCUUAUGCCAUGUGGACAACUCGUCCUCAUCGUCCGCGCCGUGCGGUGCCAGCCUGCUGGAGGGGAAGAGGGCCAUGUUCGAUGCAGACGCCGGUGGGAUCAAUAUGGUGGGCACUGAACUGGCCCUGGCUACUCCCUCCCACUGCUGAGCUACUACCUCCACUUCACACCCCUCCCCAUCUGCAGGUUCUGGCCGGGGCGGCCAGCCGGCUUGCCUCUGCGUGCACAAUUUUUUCCUUAAG